AUGAAAGCCAAAGGAGAGCUCAAGGAAUUUGAAGUGAUUGGAAGGAAACUUCCAACAGAAAAGGAAACCAAUUUACCUCUUUACAAAAUGAGGAUAUUUGCCCCUGAUAGGAUUGUUGCAAAAUCUAGGUUUUGGUACUUUCUUAGGCAGCUAAAGAAAUUCAAAAAAAGCACUGGUGAAAUUGUUUCUUUAAAGGAGAUUCCUGAGAAAUCCCCAACUAAGAUUAAGAAUUUUGGAAUCUGGCUUCGUUAUGACUCAAGGUCUGGUACACACAACAUGUACCGUGAAUAUAGGGACUUAACUGUUGGGGGAGCUGUAACUCAGUGCUAUAGGGACAUGGGAGCUAGGCACAGAGCUCGAGCUCAUUCUAUUCAGAUAAUCAAAGUUGAAAUUGUGAAAGCUGCUAACUGCAGGAGACCAUUGGUGAAGCAGUUCCACGAUUCGAAAAUAAAGUUCCCGCUUCCAAAACGAAUACAACAUAAGAAUCAACUACCCAAGUUUUCGACUAGAAAACCCAGGACAUAUUUCUUAUAA